CAUCCAUUCAAUCUCUUCGGCGCAGGUUGCCCCAGAGUCCGUCUUGUCUUCGCAGGUCGAUAGUCCAUUCCCAACGAUCCUUAUCACUCGACGCUCUUAUUCUUCGUUUGUUCUACGAUGAUUUCCUCAGCAUCCACCCUUCUCCUCGCCACCUUGGUCUUCAACGCCGCUUCCGUCUUUGGUGCUCCCAUCAGAUACACUGACGCUGACAUGGUCGUCAGGGCUGAGAUCACCGAACCGGUCGUACCAAAGGUUCGCUUCGCCUCUUCGAGAGAGGUUCCCGAAGUCCGUGACACUGUUCCGCCUCUCGUUGCAAAACGGGAAGCCUCCACUGAAGAUUCCAAUCUUCCACGCCGCUUUCCCCGCCGGGUCUACCACGACUUUUACCAGAAGCGUGCUGACCCGGUAGAGCCGCCUGUUGCUCGUGCGCCCAAGCCUGAUUCGGAGCGCCGGUUCCCCCGUCGUGUGUACAGCGAUCUCCACGCAGAACGUGCGGACACUCCCCCUGUUGCCCGUGCUGAGAAGCCAGAGAGCGAACGCCGGUAUCCCCGCCGAGCGCUCUUCGAGAAACGUCAUGACACAGCUGCUCCUGCUGUACCCACUGCCGUCGCUAACUCAACUGAUACGACGGCAGUGAUCAAGAACUUCAUCGACUCGACGACGAACCAGACUCUUCAGCCAGGGACGACCAUCAAGGAGACAACCGUCUUGAUGAACAAAGUUACAUACGUUUCUGACAAGAUCGCUCCCGCUCCUCCUGCCAACAAUCAGUGCAACCAGCCCCCUGCAGCGGGCUCUAGCUCCAGCCCUUCGGGAACACCCACUGCCGCCACCACCUCUGCCUCUGCCACAGGCUCCAUCGUGCCCACCAGCUCUGCUGACCCCGCUGCUGCUACCUCAAGCAGCGCUGUGCCCACUAGCUCUGCUGACCCUGCCGCUGCUGCCCCAAGCAGCGCCACUUCCUCCGGUGAGGCUCAGCCAACUCCAGCACCUGGAGCAGCCGGUCCCAACGCACCUGCUGCCGCUGCUGAUGGGUCCGCGACUACAACAACUGCCGCGGACCCAGCAGCGACCACCGCCGCUGCUAACUCCCGUCGUUCUAUCAAAGAAGUGACCAACGAGCCAGUAGCCCGGGAACCAGAGCCACAGUUCAAGCCUUCCGGUGAGAUGCCUUCCGGUCAGCCACAAGGGAUGCCUUCCGGUCAGGAGUACACGCCUGCCUCACAAAGGCGGUCUGGGCCCCUCGUACCACGUGAACCUGCCCCAACCCCCAAACGCACCAGCGGUCCUCUUGUAGCCCGAGAGCCCUCACCUGCUCCUGCACCUGUUCAACAGCGAACCAGUGGUCCCCCCGAGCCGCGCGAAGAAGCCCCAAUACAAAAGCGUACGCGUGGACCUCUCCUUCCACGCCGCCUUGGUUUCAGCGGGGCCGCUUUGGCAUCAUUAGCUCGACGAAGUAAUGAUCAUUAAAUAGAGUGUAUUUCAACUUGGACUAUGACGAUAUAUCAUGCUGAGCCCUCUCGACUGGUUUCGGGAGGGUAGGCGCCAUAACCCCCUC